GAAGAAGAGGUCAGGAAUUUGAGAUAAGGCGUCGCAGUUGAACUUUUGGCAGGGUCCCACAUAAUCAAGGUGGGUCAGCUGACUUUGUUCGGUGUUAGGGCUUUCUAGCACACUUGCCCUGGCCCGCACUCUGCUCGCAAGUGGGGAGACAUCGGUGGGUCAAGUCGCAUGUUUUCCAACGCCGCUUGAAUUUCUUGGACCCUCGCCCUUCUCCUACACAAUCCCUUGAGCAUCACGACACUCAAGACACCGCCAAAAUGGUCAAGAAGAGAAAGAACAACGGCCGCAACAAGAAGGGCCGCGGCCACGUCAAGCCCAUCCGGUGCUCCAACUGCUCGAGGUGCACUCCCAAGGAUAAGGCCAUCAAGCGGUUCACCAUCCGCAACAUGGUCGAGUCUGCGGCCAUCCGUGAUAUCUCGGACGCUUCGGUAUUCUCCGAGUAUACGGUUCCCAAGAUGUACCUCAAGCUGCAGUACUGCGUCUCUUGCGCUAUCCACGGCAAGAUUGUCCGUGUCCGCUCCCGCGAGGGCCGCCGCAACCGUGCUCCCCCACCGCGCGUCCGCUACAACAAGGAUGGCAAGAAGGUUACCCCGACUCAGGGCCCUAAAACCGCCUAAGCGGUUCUCUCCUUUCUUGCUUUGGCGUUCUGAG